AUGUCCGGCCCCAGGAAAGGCGAUACCAGCAAGAGGGCCGCCGGCUUGGCCAAGAAGGCCGAGGUGGCUGCGCAAAAAGCCGCUGCCCAGGCCGCCCGAGAGGAGGCUCUUGAGGAGGAAAAGUGGAAGACUGGUGCCAAGGGCAGGGCGAAGAAAGACGCUGAGCUCGAAAAGAAGGCCGAGCAGGCCCGAAAAAAGGCUGAACGAGAUGCACUCCUGGCCGCCGAGGAGCAGAGCCUGCCCAGCCGAUCGACACCGAAAAAGUCCAAGUCGGCGGUGAAGAAGACUCGCGGUCCAGACCUUUCGCAAUUCGACGACUUGGGCACCGGCAAGGCGCUGCCCGCGCUCCAUGCUUCUGGCAUCGACAACGCCCUUGACGCCCUAUCCAUCACCACCGCUUCUCACGCAGAUACGAAGGUCGAGCGCCACCCCGAGCGACGUUACCCCGCCGCCUACGCCAAGUACGAGGAGCGUCGGCUCGCUGAAAUGGAUUCGGAUGGUACGGGAGCGGGUCUGCGCCUCAACCAGAAGAAGGAGCGAAUACGUAAAGAGUUUGAGAAGAGCCCCGAGAACCCAUUCAACCAAGUUACUGCUCGCUACGAUGCUACGAAGGACGAACUUGCUAGAAUCAAGGACCAAGAAAAGACAAAGAUCGAGCAGAGGCUAGGAACUAAGCACUAG